AUGACAUUGCUCAUCGAUGGUCCUUCUUCACCUGGAAAUAACAUUGACGUCUACUUACACCUUGUAGUGGAUGAAUUGAAAGAAUUGUGGGAAAACGGUGUUGACACGGAUGAUGUGGAAACUAAUCAGAUGUUCCGAAUGCAUGCAGUGUUAUUAUGGACUAUAAAUGAUUUUCCUGCCUAUGCAAUUUUGUCUGGAUGGAGCACGAAAGGCACUUUAGCUUGUCCUUGUUGUAACACACAUACUCAAUCUCGAUAUUUGAAGAACGGAAGGAAAUUAUGUUACAUGGGGCACCGUCGCUGGUUGAACAGGGGUCACAAUUUUCGGAAAGCUAGUGUGUCUUUUGAUGGCACUCGUGAAUUUGAACCAUGUCCAACUCGGUUAUCAGGGGCUAAUACGGUAUUAAAUGUUGAUGGGAAAGGGAAGGACAAUUUAAAUACUCAUCGAGAUUUGCAAGAUAUGAGAAUUCGGAAGGCACUACAUCCUCAGAAAAGGGUUGGGAACAAGUAUUAUUUGCCUCCUGCAUGUUUUGCCAUGAACAAUAGAGAGAAAAGUUUAUUCUGCACACUUCUAAAGAAUAUCAAAGUUCUAGAUGGUUAUGCAUCCAAUAUCUCUCGUUGGGUUAACCUCAAACAGCGUAGCAUAUCUGGACUGAAAAGUCAUGAUAACCAUAUACUCAUGAAGUUGUGCUUCAAAACCCUAGAUGUGGAUGGUCUAAAUUGUCUUCAGUCCCAAAUUGCUCUUACACUUUGCCAUCUUGAGAGAAUUGUUCCCCCAUCAUUUUUCGAUAUAAUGGAGCACUUACCCAUUCUCCUAGCAGAGGAAGCAAAGAUUGCUGGUCCGGUGCAAUAUCGAUGGAUGUACUUUGUAGAAAGGUAUUUUAUGGCACUGAAGUCAUAUAUGCGUAAUCGAAGUCAUCCAGAAGGUUCAAUUGCAAAGGGAUACUUAAUGGAAGAGUGUAUGAGCUUUUGCUCAAGGAAUUACGAUGUUAGCGACAAUCCUGGGAUAUUACUGGGUCAUGCUUUAGGAAAAGGAAAAGGGUUUGCCCUUGAUAACACAUCAUGGGAACAAGCUCAUCAGGAGUAUCGUGAUUUUAUUAAGCAGUCACAUCGUCGUCUCAAAGAUUUUGAUGUGGAUUGUCGUCACAAUGAUGAGUUUCCCAGAUGGUUUAAUUCUCGUGUUGAAGAGUUUCUAGCUACUGAAAACGCUGUGCUGUCAGAUGAGAUUAAAACUUUGGCAUUGGGACCUAGUAACAAGGCCACGAGAUUUAGUGGGUAUAUAAUUAAUGGUACUAGGUAUCAUACGAGGAGUUGUGAGUGGAAAAGAAAAACUCAAAAUAGUAGGGUUAUGGUGAAAGCAAAGACUUGUAGCUAUGCAAGUACCAGAGACAUGAAUCCUGUGGAAGGUGAAGUAGCAUACUAUGGAUAUGUGACAGAUAUUAUUGAAUUGUAUUACUCAUACGACCGUAGAUAUUUGUUAUUCAUGUGCGACUGGAUUGACAACAACAAAGGACUAAAGCAGAUGAAACCUAGAGACUUGUAUGAGGUGUGUGGAGAACAACCAAUUAAUGAUGGAGUAUAUCACAGUGAAGUGGAAGGAUUUGGCGACCAAGAGUUAGAUGCAACUUCGUUUGCUUGUGAAGAGGACAUAAAUUGGGUUAGGCAAGGUGAAUUUGGAACAACUAUUGAUGAAGUUGUUGGACCUCUUGAGAUAUCGACACAGACACAAUCUGAAGAUGAUGAAGAAAUUUUAUGA